AUGUGCAAGUUAAACACUCUGUCUGCCAACAGCGGCAGAGAAACUGCCGAGAGUUCUCUUGGACCUGCAGCCAGUAACUCGCCGAUUGAGGCUAAAGCAUCAGCUCCUCCUGAAACAGAAACCAGAAUAAAUGAGGUAAAGCAGCAAAUCCCAUCUUUAAACCCUCACUCUGGCAAUGAGGUGAUGCCUGGAAGGUGUUCACCUCCAGAAGAGGAAAAGCAAAGGGACUUCUUGAUGGAUCAUCACUCAGUUUCCAGGGGUCUAGACACAGCAACAAAUGCCAAAUUUAACAAAAACCUCCAGUUUGUGCCAUCAGAGGCGAGAGGUACGAACAAAACAGCCAGCCAAGCGUUGUCUCCUUCUGCCUUUAUGAAGAGGAGAAGGAAGAGGAAGAGACGAAUAAGCACCGAGCCUCAUGAGAGCGUGCACGGGUACGAGAGGCAGGUUUUACUCAAGCAGAGUGAUUCAGAGGAUGAUUAUUAUCCACCAAGAGGAGGAGUCCAUUUAUCCCAGCCUGAAGGCCUUGUAGGUCUUUUAACCACACAUCCAUCCUCCACCAACCCUUCAGUGGAGAAAGGUGAAGAUCUUUCUCAGUCCUUUGCUCCAAACAACGAAAGUAGAGUCAGGAAAGAACAGUUUACAGUCCGGCCGAGUCAGCAGCCACUAGUACAAGAGGUGGAUGAAUUGUCUCCUGUGUUGCCAUGUUCAGCUGAAAACAGCAUUGCAGAUGAAUCAGGCAUAGCCACCAAAACAGGAAACGGUCUCCAGUUUGUUCAUUCGGAUGUGACGGAUCGUCGUGUAACGGGUUCUGAAAAUGGACGAAGUACAAAAUGUUGCACAGCAGAGGUCAAAUCAAUAACUCCCAGUAUUCUUCCAAGUGCAAGUGAUCCUGUUGUGGAAGACGGCCAACAUGACAGACUAUCCUCAGGUCAGUCCGUCCUGGCUGUGGAGGCCAGACAUUCUGGUGGAGACUUUGACACACUGUGUCAAAGACGGAAUGAGCUGGAAAUGAACCAUCAGGACAAAGACAAAUAUAGCCCCACAGCUAAAGAGGUCACGACUGUUAAAAUCAGUUCUGAGGUGCCUGUACCAAACAGAACACCGGAAGAAUUCAAAACCAGACACCAUCCAGGCUGCAAUAAAGUUCCAAGGCAAGCGGCUCAUGCAUCAACAUCAGACACUCAUAACAGCUGCUUGCCUAAAAGUCCAUCCAAUGUAGAGAUAAAUACUGGCAAGCAACAGGAAGAACAUCCUCUGGAAGCUCAAACUUCAUCCAAGGCAGCUGUUUUAUUAGAGAAGUGUAAAUUGAAAAUGCCACAAGUGCAAGAUGAUGAAAAUCAUCUCAGAGGCAUCAGUAAAAUAAAAACCAGCCCCACAUUUUCUGAAGGCUUAAUAAAAAAUCCAUCUGACAUGUCAACACUACUAUCCCAACGCUGUGCUUCGUGUGAAACAGGACUUACUGUGUCACACUCAAGUGGAAACAUCACAGACAGGUCCUGCUCCUCUGUCAGUCAGGCUGAGCGUCAAGGAGGAGAAGGAGAUCUCUCACAAAUUCAGGCAAAUCCACAAGACAGAGAUCCUACAAACCAAACCGUAUGGCACGAAACGCCCGAAUCGAAAUGUGAUUCAGAGGAUUCCAUCGAGAAACAUCCGGUGUACACCAUGUCCUCUUUUUGGAGAGACAUGGAAAAGCUGACAAUAAAGGAUAUUUUGGAUUUAAGGAAGGUGGGCACUGCCACGCCAAGCAGCUUCCUCCCACCUUUACAGGAGAGCGAUGCGGCCGAGACGGAUUCAGGCUUCUUAACUCAGCCGGAGUUUGAACAAAACAGCGAGGACGUCUUCAUCGUCCAGGCUGUCAUUGAUUCAAACUCGGGUUCCCGCCUGCUGGCUGAUCGUUCAUCUUCAGGCAGUGUCCGGUGGGAGAGUGAACCUGUGCCGCUGAGCGCAGGCGCUGCUUUAUACCCCGAUGACAUGACGUUGACAACUUUUAGUGACAUUUCUCUCUCGGCCCUCGCUGAAAAGUGUCCCAGAAAAUUUUCCAAAAAUGUAAGCGUGCAUAACCUGCAUGCUCUGGACUCUGAACAUCUCAGUGCUCCAGCAGAAAGACACAACUUACAAAAAGUUGAAGACAAAGAAUUAGACACCUGCACUCUCACUGAGGGACACGUGCACACAGCAGCUAGCGGCUCGGACUGUUUACCUUCAUCUUUGGCGGACAGCUUCAGAGUCUCUCUUACAGAUAUUUUUAAUUCCAUCUUUGGUAAAAAACAGUCGAUUCCCAGCCAAUCGGCUACAGGUAACAUUAGCAGCUCCUACACCGUUGGAGAAUCCGUCUCUGAAAACUAUGAUCAUUUCUUCUCAGAUUUUGACACGGAAACCUUCUUCUGUCCUCUGCUUAACAGAGCAGACCAGGACAAAGACAGACUCAUGCCCAUCUUUUCCCGCUCUCGCUCAUCCAGAGGGAACCUUCAGUACCCUGAGGCUUAUGAUUAUUUCUUCGCCACCUCCUCCUCCGAUGAUUCUUCAGUGGAAACUGAUGAAGAAGACAACAAAGACCAAGGCCCGGUGAAGGUGGUGACCAGAUUCAGCUGUAAGACAAACGCAACUGCUCUUUCUGCAGAUGCUUAUGAGAAUUUCUUCACAGACAGCGACCUCAAACAGGACUUCUUUUGGAAAGGCACAUUUUCCUUCAGGAAUUUUAAUUUUAUGGGAUCUACAUCUCAGAAGCUGCCGUCACAACCUUUGGCACUUCAACCUGUGAGGCAAAAAGGAAAGUCUCCACUCAGUGUAGUUUAUUCUAUAAAUGUUCCUGGAACUGAUGAGGUAUUGCUUCCUGAUCCAGUUCUGCACCAUGUGGAGAACAGGAUCAUCACACAGUUAGCACAGCAGCCUUUCUCAUACAAGGACCUGCAGACACCUGCUCCAAAUCCAAGGUUGGAUUCCUCCCUCCUGCCUCUCCGACAGUCAGACAUGUGUCUGGUUUGUAUUGCGUUUGCCUCGUGGGUGUUGAAGUCUGCUAACCCUGACAUUGGCGAUGCCUGGAAGGCCGUUCUGUUGGCAAACGCAAGUGCUCUGUCUGCAAUCCGGUACCUGCGGAAAUAUGUCACUGCGGAGGCGACAGACAAUGAGAAGAAAGUGCAUCACGAGGCUUCUGUUUGAUUCUUCAGAUAUCAACUGUGAUUAUACAACUGUGAUUUAUACACACACA